CAUGGCAAACCGUACGCUGGUUUUACCUGUGGCUUAGCGGAAAAGAUACAUAACUGUAAAUUUGUAUGUUUUCAGUUUUUUAAUUUUGUGUUUCCCUGAAUGUAUUGACAGCUGAAUUUCAAUUAUGUACCACAGUACCAUGCAAGACACGACGUGGGCUUCACUUCCCCCUGGACAAUCCCGCGUCAGUGCUAUCGACCGGAUGACUCACAGCUCGCGUGCUACGGAGCGCUCUAGAUCAAAGUCCAGCGUUUGAUAGCGUCGAUGUUGAUAUGUUGUUUAAGAGCAAGCACAUUAAUCUUCGGACUAAACUCGCUACUUUCAAAUAUCGGGGGAUCGCUCUUGACGUGCAUCUGCUAUGCCGUUUUAAUUUCUCCAUUCAUCCAGUCCGUCGCACCAUCACUUCCGAUCGGCCCUUGCAUGUCACGGUGGACAUGAUGAGCGACGAAGCCCUCCACGAAGGCAAAUCUGCCUCGCCUCAACAUGGUGGGAAGAUUGCGGAUAUCGACAUUGCUCGCAUGAGAAUGCCGUAUCGCGACGCUAAAGAUGCUUUUCUGGAGAAUGAUUUGGUGGCACGGGAGCCGUUCGCGCAAUUCAAGCACUGGUUCGACGAAGCCUGCAAACAUCCUCAGAUCCGUGAGCCGAAUGCUAUGGCGCUGGCCACCUGUUCCCGCGAUGGGAAACCUUCAUGCCGCAUGGUUCUCCUGAAAGGAUUCGGGCCCCAUGGAUUCCGUUUCUUCACCAAUUAUGACAGCAGAAAGGGUCGAGAAAUUGCGGAAAAUCCCUUUGUAUCUUUGAUGAUUUACUGGGAGGCUCCUAAUCGACAGGUGCGCAUUGAGGGAAUAAUCGAAGUGCUGUCAGAACAAGAGUCAGCGGAAUAUUUCCAUUCGCGUCCUAUUAGCAGUCAGGUUGCGGCCUGUGUGAGCCACCAGAGCUCCGUCGUACCGAGUCGCACCUUUUUGGCUGAUCGCGCUGAACAGCUGUACAUGGAAGCUCACAACCAAAGCCUUCCGAAACCGGCGUUCUGGGGUGGUUUCACUGUCAUUCCCGAAGUGAUUGAAUUUUGGCAGGGCCAGACGAACCGUCUUCAUGAUCGCAUUCGGUUCCGUCGUCUUGCACAUGCCGAGAAGAUAGAUCCAACUUUGACACAUAUGGGUGAUGAUGGUUGGGUUUUUGAACGUUUGGCGCCGUAGAGAUUAUUGUUGAAAGUUUUUAUAGUAUGUCUGCAACUUAUUUAUCGUCGACUAUAUUGAGAUUUUUAAAUGCGCAAAGUUCACAUCAAUAAAUAAACCAAAUGGCUACAAGUGAGAGCCUCCCGCGCCUGCA